CACUCAGGUCACUCUCUCGUCAAACACAAACAACAUAACAUAACAUGACGUGUCCAGCCUCGCCGGAGCUCGAUCUCGACAACCUCAAAGCACUCAAAAUUCUAGGCAGAGGCGCCAUGGGCACCGUCUUCCUCGUCCAACACACAACCACCGCCACCUAUCUUGCUCUCAAGGUGGUCGACAAGUCCUCUGUCGACGCAAAGCCAGACUCCGACCGCCGUGCCCGCUGGGAAACCCAAGUGCUGUCCCGCCUCUCCCACCCCUUCCUCCCUUCCCUCCUCGGCACCUUCGAAACAGACCACUUGCUUGGCUGGGCCGUCCCUUACUGCCCCGGCGGCGACCUCAACGUCCUCCGCCACCGCCAAGUGGACCGCGUCUUCUCCCCCGCCGUCAUCCGCUUCUACGUGGCCGAGAUCCUCUGCGCUCUCGACCACCUCCACUCCAUGGGAAUCGCCUACCGCGACCUCAAACCUGAAAACGUCCUCAUCCAACAAACCGGCCACGUCACCCUAACUGAUUUCGACCUCUCACGCAACCUCACUCUUCCAAAACCGAAAACGGUUCUCAUAACUGAACCCAAGGCCUCUAACAGAAAACAUGACACGUGUCACCACCAGAGCCAAAAAGGACUGAAGAAGCCUAAGUCCGCGCGAGUCAGUCCUGUUAGUCGCCGCAGACCGAGUUUUUCCGCCGGAGAAAGGUCGAACUCCUUCGUCGGUACGGAGGAGUACGUGGCUCCGGAGGUGGUUCGCGGCGAUGGUCACGAGUUCGCCGUCGAUUGGUGGGCCCUAGGGGUGCUGACGUACGAGAUGCUGUACGGAAGGACGCCGUUUAAGGGGAAGAACAGAAAGGAGACGUUUCGGAACGUGUUGAUGAAGAAGCCUGAGUUCAUCGGGAAGCAGACGGUGUUGACGGAUUUGAUCUCGCGGUUGCUGGAGAAGGAACCUUCUAGAAGGUUGGGUUCCGUACGUGGAGCCGGUGAGAUCAAGGACCAUGCGUUUUUCAGAGGUCUCAAGUGGGACCUCCUGACGGCGGAGGUGGUCAUGAGGCCGCCGUUUAUUCCAUCCAGAGAUGAUGAAGCCCACUUCACGGAGAAACUGACUGGUGGCGGUGCCGCUGGCGGAGUGGACGUAAGGGAUUACUUCCAGAGGUUGAAGGCUCCGCAGUCACCUUCUUGCGAGCUUCACCGGAAGAAUGUUUCGUGGGGAGAAUUCUGAUUUCUGAGUGGUGGUGGCGCGUCAUAGAUAGGGGUAGUUAAUAGUUAUUCUUUUUUAAAUCUGUAAAUCUCAAAUCUCUGUAUAUAGAAAGGAAAAUAACGUAACGGGGGAAACGUGAAAAACGGCGUUGCAAAAUUAUUACUCAUAUAGUAAGUAGUAACAGUAUAUAAUACAAUUUGAGACAACUUGGAAAUGUUGUCUUUUCUA